AUGGCGAAUACAGGUCGUAUGUCAUUGAAGCGAAAAUUUGUCCAAGCGGGCGUAUUCAAAGCGGAGGUGGACGAAUUUCUGAGAAGGGAACUGGCCGAGGACGGUUACAGCGGCGUUCGCAAGAGGACCCGUUCCAACAAGAACAUCGAAGUGUUCUUGGAAAAGAUGAUGGCUAGGAGCCUCAGCGCUACAACCCAAGCAGAGUCACUCCGUUAUAAGCUGACUGGCGGUCUCCCGGUCAGGAAAGCCUGCUAUGGCGUUCUACGUUUCAUAAUGGAGAAUGGUGCUCGAGGUGCCGAGGUUGUCGUGUCAGGAAAGAUCAAGGGUCAGCGUGCGAAGUCUAUGAAAUUCUGCGACGGUCUUAUGCUCCACUCUGGUGAUCCAAUUAAUUACUACAUCGACAAAGCCGUACGACAUGUUCGUCUCCCACAAGGCAUUCUCGGCAUCAGAGUGAAGAUCAUGCUAAAUUAUGAUCCCAGCGGCGCUACUGGCCCCAAGAAGCCACUCCCAGAUAGCGUUACGAUCCAGGACGUUAAAGACGAAGUUCUCCCCACCGGUCCCCUCUCCAUCGAAAAGUCUCAGUAA